CUUCUUUGCCGACGUGAGAGGACGGAAGCGGGAGAGCAACGGGAGGAAUGAGCUCCCCUCUUGCCAACUUUGUCCAUCUAUUCCGCCAUGCAGAGGCUGCAGAGGGCCUGUACCAUGUCCGCAAGGUCACACGCGGAUCAAGAGGGGUGGGAGAGGAAGAGGUUCCGAGCGGCUCGCUCGCGUUCAACGCGGCGUACUCGUCGCUCACGCCCGCCACACGCCGGUCAACGCUGAUGGGCUCCGAGGCCGAUGUCGAAGCUCCGCAGGACGCCCAUCUUCGCCCGACCAACACCAUCCGCGCCAUGGGCACCUCACACUGGGAUCCGUCGCUCGAGGACGAGACGAUCCGGCUGCACCCGCAGGGCGACGUCCGCGGCCCGCCGUCGGCGCUGAACUCGGCGGCAUCGGCCAUGGCGGCGAUGCCAGGCGUGGGUGCUGGCGGUGGCUCGUCGCCGCCGCGGCGCGCUUCGCCAUCGCGGUCCGGGCGGGCCAGCAGGCAGAGCCCACAGCGGGGCGGCGCUGGCGCCGGCGACAACGCCGAUGGCGAGGGUCCCCGCGGCGAGAAGGACAUCGCCGCGCUGCUGCUGGGCAUGGCGGACGAGGUGCGGAGGAGCAAGGGCAAGCCCGCGAGGUCGCCGCUGAGGCGACGGAGGGAGGUGCCGCCCAGACUUGAUCCACUGCCGCUGCUGCCGGCCGGCAAGAGCGGCGAGACCGCCACCGCCGGCCUCGCCCUCUCCGCCGGGCCAGCCUCGCCGGCAGGGUCGGGCGGAAUGCGGAGCGCAGGCGGCAGCGCCAGCGUAGGCGGCAGCGCCAGCGCAAGCACCAACGCUGCCGUGCCCAAACGCGUGGCCAUCACCGUCCGCACUUCGCUCAAGGACCAUGCAGUGCUCGCCGACUCCUCGCUCCGGGCCGGGCUCUCCGGCAACGAGGCCAAGUCGUACUUUUCGCAGGGCAUCCUCUACGACAACGAGGCGCAGUACGAAAAGGCGCUCGAGUGCUAUCGCAAGUAUCUCGCCGCGUGCCACCGCGCCGGCGACGUGCUCGGCGAGGCGCUUGCCUACAACCACAUGGGCGUCGACUACCAGGUCCUCGGCGGCGAGAACUACAAGCUCGCCCUGCUCUGCCACGCCAAGCAUGCCGAGAUCGCCGACGAGGCCGGCCAGUUUAUUGCGCAGCACAACAUGGGCCUCUGUUACACUGCACUCGGACAAGACGACCUCGCUAUCCAGCACUACGAGCGCGCUCUCGAGCUCGCCACAUCCCUCCGCGACCCGUCAGGCGAGGCAAUGGCCGCCGGCCAGCUCGGCGCCGCCCUCGGCCGCCUCUCGUCGCCCGAAGAGGGUGUGCGCUUCAUCCAGCGCAGGGUCGAGCUCGCUGACGCGCUCGGCGACGUGCACGAAAAGGCGACCGCAUACUCUCAGCUCGGCGACCUCUUUGCCGCCAUCUCGGACGUCGAGUCGGCCAUCCGCUACUACGCCGGCGCCGCAGACCUCCUCGCCGACGCCGACCGCCAGGCCGCAGCCAAGACCUACGCCGACCUCGGCCAAUACGUCAACGACCAGGGCAUGUACGACGAGGCCCAGCACUACUACGAGACCGCUAUGCAGCUUGCCAUCCGCGUCGAUGAUCCAGAGCUCGUCGCGCGCGCACGCUGUGGCGUCGGCAUCGCCCUUGGCAACGCUGUCCUCGGCGAUCAUCUCGAACAGGUCAAGCGGGUCAUCGUCGACACCACGCCGCUCCUGCACAUCCAGCAAGGGCCGUGACUGUCACUCACUUGCGCACAAUGGUAAACUCGCCAAAGUCAG